UUCCCCUAGCAGUCAGUCGCGGGCUUUGUUCGUUCCUCCCUGCGCCGCCUCCGCCCCUUCCUUCCUUCCCUCCUUCUCCUCGCUCUGCUCCCUCCCCAGCCGGAGAGCUGGCCGGGCCAAACGCCCGGGGAGGGGCGGGGGAACGAGCGGGCCUCACGUCCCUCCUCCGAGUGCCGGGGCCCCCUGCACAGCCCGGCGGCCCCGCCCCGCCCCGGCGGCCCUGAGUUCAGUGGGUGGCGGCGGCAGGAGGCGCCAUGGCCGACAGGACGAGCGCGGCGCUCUCCGAGUCGGGCUGGUAUCUUUCAGAUGAAGGAAUUGAAGCUUGCACAAUUUCUUCUGAAAAAGUCAAUGCAAAUGACAUUAUCCUAGUUGCCCUUAAUACAGAUUUAAGAACGAUUGGCAAGAAAUUCCUCCCCAGUGACAUCAAUGGUGGAAAGGUGGAAAAGCUGGAAGGGCCGUGUGUUCUGCAAAUACAGAAGAUACGCAAUGUUGCUGCACCAAAGGAUAAUGAGGAAUCUCAGGCUGCUCCCAGAAUGUUACGUUUGCAGAUGACUGAUGGACACACAAGCUGCACAGCUGUAGAAUACAGUAGCAUGUCAAAAAUAAGCCUGAACACUCCACCUGGAACAAAAAUUAAGCUUUCAGGAGUUGUUGAAGUGAGAAAUGGAUUCUUGCUGUUGGAUGACAGUAACACAACAGUUCUUGGAGGUGAAGUGGAGCAUCUUAUAGAAAAGUGGGAAUUACAAAGGAGUUUAGCAAAACAUAACAGGAGUAACAUUGGAACAGAAGGUGGCCCUCCCCCUUUUGUACCUUUUGGGCAGAAAUGUGCAUCUCAUGUGCAAGUGGAUAGCAGAGACCUUGAUCGCAGGAAGACUCUGCAAAUGACCAAUACUGUAAAACCGAUUGCGGAUAACGAUGAAUUUGAAAAGCAGAGAACAGCUGCUAUUGCAGAAGUAGCAAAGAGCAAGGAGACCAAGACAUUUGGAGGAGGUGGUGGCAGUAGCAGAAGUAAUCUCAGUGUGAAUGCUGGAGGGAAUCGAAACAGGGAACUGUUCCAGAAAGAGAAGAUAACAAAACCUGAGGGAAAGAAUGAAGGUGUCUACAGAGAACUGGUUGAUGAAAAGGCUCUAAAACACAUAACAGAGAUGGGUUUCAGCAAAGAAGCAGCAAGACAGGCACUUAUGGAUAACAGUAACAACCUAGAGGCAGCAUUAAAUUUUCUUCUGAACAGCAGUAAACAGAAACCCAUUCAGGGACCACCACCUAGAGGUAAAGGAAAGGGCCGAGGCCGAAUAAGACCUGAAGAUGAAGAAGAGCUAGGAAAUGCCAGACCAUCUGCACCAAGCACACUGUUUGAUUUCUUGGAAUCCAAAAUGGGUACUCUAACAGUAGAGGAACCAAAAUUGCAAUUUCAGCCACCGCAUCAAGUACAGCACAAAGUUAUGAAUACAGAACAGAAUGGCAUCAGAGAGAAUCAUUCAAGACACAUCUCUCACAUGAGACAACCAAGGAAUGAGAAGCCUCCUCGUUUUCAAAGGGAUAUUCAAAAUUCUAGACAGGCUUCAGAAAGUGGUGGGUUACCAAGAAACAGAGGUUCUGAAAAGCACAGUUCCUUAGAACACUGGACAGAUGAAAAAAAUAAAAGUGACAGACAUUAUCCUAGAAAUGACAGGCCAAAGGAUUUGAGUUAUCCUGUAGCCACUCACCAGAGUGAUAUUACUUUCAAAAAAAGGGAUAACAAUAUGCAAAACAGAAUAGGAAAAGGGGUGUCUUUCACAGACUUCAAGGACAACUCUGCUGCUCAAGAUACUACAGACUACAAUAACCAGAAACGUGGGAAAAGGGAAAACCAAAUACACAAUUCUGAAAAUUUUUGUGAUAGGAAGACACGAACAAUAAGUAGUGAAGGCUUUAUGGUAAAAAGUGAACAACAUUUUGGUGUCAACAAUGAUUACCAAAAUCCUGGUAGAACUGAUAAUUUUAAUGCUGUACCAAAUGGAGAUAUUGAGCAUCAUCAGAAAGGAAGACGAGUAGGACCUAUCAAAUCAUCAGGACCCACUGCAGUCCCCUCUUUUGAUGAUAAAAUGUUGUAUUACAACACUGGUCCCAAAAGGAGAUCUGGACCCAUUAAACCAGAGAAAAUACUAGAACCACCGAUUCACAUGGAAUAUGGAAAAAGUUGGAGACCAGGGGAUGAGUGUUUUGCUCUUUAUUGGGAAGACAACAAGUUCUACCGGGCAGUAGUUGAAGCUCUCCAUUCUUCUGGGACAACUGCAGUUGUUAAAUUCUGUGAUUAUGGAAAUUAUGAAGAGGUGCUUCUCAGCAACAUCAAGCCUGUUCAUGCAGAGACAUGGGAGGAGGAAGAAGAAACAUAUGAGCAAACUCUGGAAUUCCGCAGAGGAGGUGAUGGUCAGCCAAGACGGUCCACACGACCUACUCAACAAUUUUAUCAACCCCCAAGAGCUAGAAACUGAUGAAUAAGAAACAAAAGAAACUUUCUUGGGGUGGAUGGAAAUCCACUGGAAGCGCCAACUUGCUGAAGACUUCUAGAAGAAAUUGUGGCUUCUUCCAAGCAGCAAGAUGGAGCAAAGAAAGCUCGUGUGAGCAGAAGGAAUUUGGACCUGACAUAAGAGACUUUAUUUUAAAGUUCUUAGUUAUAUGAAGCUGGAUACUUUUUACAUAUGAAAGAGGCACAUUGUCAUUGCUGCCAUCAAUAAAAUGACGGUGCACUAUUCUAUUAUUUGCCUUGUAUUCUUUUUACUGAGCUUCCAUUGUUAGUUAACACUGAUGUAUCAUGACUUUUGUUCAUUUCUAAUUGAUUUUGUUUCUAGUAAAGUAAAAGUAAAACUUAUAUUUUCUCAAAAGUGGACAGGAUUUGGCCUUUGAUUUAGAUUUUAGGCUAGCAUUAGUGAAAUAUGUUAAAAUUUUCAGCUAAUCAUUGUACAGUGAUAUUUUUAAUAGAUUUUGACUGUGUUUUCUGUGCUUUCCAAAGUUGCUGAAGGCCAAAUUAUAAAUUUGCCUGUUAUGUUUUUCAUUAUCUGUGACUAUAAGGUUGAUGGGGAAAAAAUAAUAAUCCGUUUCAGUAGUCAUUUUCUAAAUAAUUUUACGUAAAUAUUUUCAUUUUAGGAAUAUUUAUAUUACAGAAAUAGAAGUUUCUAGAAGGUACAGGAAAGUAGUUUAAACAAAAAGUACCAAGAGAUACCUAUGAGUAUUUUAAACGUAAUUAUGUGUAUACAUGCAUAAGGGUGCAACUUGUUGAAUAGUAGAUUCUAACUUUCUUGUAGCUUUAAACUGCUUUUAUUACUGCAUAUUGUUAGACUUUUUCAAUUACCAUUGAUACUUGAAAGAAUCCUACGUCAAACUACUCUUCAUUCUCAUCUUUGAAUCUUAUGUGAUUAUGACAAAUAGUUGAAAUUUCAGUUUCUUUAGCUGAGAAGCACUCGAGAUCUAUGUACCAUGCAAAACCCUUCUAAGCUUUAUUCUGAUUAUUUAAGAUUGAAAUAGCACAUUUGUUUUGAGGUAGUUCCGUAAAGACAGGAUUUUGCCAGACCUUAUGUAUUGAUGGUAUAAGUUGUACAAUUAAUUCUACUGAAUUUCUCUCUUGAGUGCUCAUACAGAAUUUUGGAUAGAACCUGGCUUAUUUGGGUGAAAAGAAGUUUUAUAUUGAUGAUGUGAUGGAAUGUAUUUGCAGUACAUAAUGUUGAGUACUGUCCGAAUGCCAAGCACAUAAGUAUUUGCAGAAUUGUAAGGAACCAAAUUUUUGCUGCCUUAAUGGAUCCUAAGCAGCUUCUUGAGAAUUAUAAUGCAACUCACUAAUAAUUCUAAAGAAAUUUGGAAGCUUAAAACUUUAGCUGUAUGGUGUUGAAGUUCUUCACUAUUAGCUGACACGCAACAAUUUUUAUGAAGUCUGUUACAUUUAAGUUAGAAACCUCUUCCAAUCAUUCUGGUCAGUUCUGCUAAAUUAUACCAGCAAAUAAAUAAAGUGUAGAACUAAUACGUUGGAUGUUGGAUGUUGCUUUGCUUCCAGAAUUAUUGCUAAGACCACUGAUAGCAGCUUUUCAGCCUCGUAAAGCAAUGCAGCCAUAGCGUGAUUUCAGAAAUCAGUUUCGAUUUUUCUUUACAAAUAGACUGUGUAUGAAAUGAGAGCCCUACAAUCACUGUACCAGACCAAUUUCUGAAAUUAAAAUAACUUUUAUGUUA